ACCCCGACGCGCACAAGAUAUGUUUGCCGAAGAGCGCCUGGAAGUUCUGGCAGAAUGUUGAUGCGGAUGCCUCCUAUCCGCUGGAGGUCUGCCAGUGGUGGGACGAUAAGCCAACCGAGCCGCGCGGAUAUUUUAAUGCGGAACUGUUGCCCCUGCUGGAACACGGCUGCGCUGCGCACCCGCUCAAGUUUUUACGUGUGGUCAGGGCCGUGCUGAAGAAUCACGUUUACAACUACCUCAAGAAGCUGGCCAGUGCUUGUGAUGAUGACCGCAUCGAC